AUGGUUGAUCCAGCCGAUGCUGCCGCUGGAAGCGAAGUCAACACCAGCAAAUUAGUAUCCCUCCGGCAUCAACGGACUACGAUUACGCGAAACAUGGACAAUUUGGAGACCAAACUCGACCAGGAGAAGGAGACUUUAAACGGAGUUUUACCAAGAGCUGUCAUACAGAUCAAGGACAUGACCGGCAAUUAUCAGCUAGUUCGAGCUCUACUGGGUUCUAGCUCCGAGGUCAAUUUAAUCACCGAGGAAACCGCCAAGCGAUUAAGCCUCCAUAAAGCGCAACUCCGGGAAUAUAUCGACACCUCCACAUGGAAGCUUCCCGAGGGAAUCACUCUUGCAGACCCCAGAUUCUUCGAACCGAACAAAAUCGACGUCCUUAUAAGCACCGAAGGAUUUUUUGAAGCUAUUCUAGGAGACAAACAAUCGCUGGGUCAACACUUGCCUAGUCUGCUUAACACGGAGUUUGGGUGGAUCGUCGGCGGUCAUCUAAAUUCUAAAUUAACGAGAUCCGGCAGUUCAAUCGAGGACAUGGUACAUCGCUUCUGGGAAAUAGAAGAGUUCCACACGACACCAUCAAGCUUCUCUGCUGAGGAACAAGCGUGCGAAGAUCAUUUCGUAGCCAACGUUCAGUGGAAUACUGAAGGACGUGUCCAAGUACGUCUACCAUUAAAGGAAGGACAUCCCACCCUCGGAUCUUCUUUCAAAAUGGCAUCAAACCGCUUUAACAUGCUCGAAAGCAAACUCUCGCGCAACCCCGAGUUAAAGGGGAAAUAUCAUCAAUUCAUGCAGGAAUACUUCGACCGAGGGCACAUGUCUCGGCUCGAGGACAUAGACUGGAAUCAUCAACACUUCUUUAUUCCGCAUCAUUGCUUUUUAAGACCGCAAAGCAGCUCGACAAAGCUCCGCGUCGUCUUUGACGCUUUGGCCAAGUCGUCAAAUGGCCAAUCACUAAACGACAUCUUGAUGACGGGUCCUACAAUCCAACAGGAUCUCGUUACCACGAUACUUUCAUUCCGACUACACAAAUAUGUCUUUUCUGGCGACAUAAGUAAAAUGUACAGACAAUUCGUAGUGGAUGAACGAGACAGGAAGUAUCAAUUAAUUCUUUGGAAAGGUGACUCCGAAAAACUGCAAAUCUACCAACUCAAGACGGUCACUUACGGGCUGUCAGCCGCCCCAUUCCUAGCUAUUCGCAGCUUGGCGUAUAUCGCCGACGCAUUUGUCA